AUGCACUGCGCGGAGCUGCCAGCCGGGCCCGCGCGGCCGCAGGGCGCCGCCGGGAGGGCUCCUGAUCGCGUCCCCACCGCAGCAGCCGGCGCCCUCGGACCCGCCGCAUCAAGAGGCCGGCGGCAGCGGCACGCGGCCAAAGGCAACGGUAUUCCGGACGAGAACGGGACCCAUCCAAGCAAAGCGAUUGAGAGAUUGCUAUUCAACAAUCGGCAGUGGGCCAAACACAUGGCCAGCAAGGACCCCAAAUUUUUUCCCAAAUGCGCAGAGGGCCAAAGUCCAGAGUAUCUGUGGAUAGGCUGCUCAGACUCAAGGGUGGUGACGAACACCAUCACUGGUCUCCAGCCUGGCGAAAUCUUCACGCAUCGCAAUGUUGGCAACAUCGUCGCCCAUGGUGACCUCAACUGCAUGUCUGUUGUCGAGUAUGCUGUGGGCAGCUUGAAAGUCAAGCAUGUCAUCGUCUGUGGGCACUAUGGCUGUGGGGCCUGCGACGCUGCCCUGAGGAUGCCGAUGGAGACACCUGGGAUGUUGAACUCGUGGAUAUCUCGGAUCAGGGAUGUCAAGCACAUGUGGGCAAGUAGCCUGGAGCAGCUCCCAGAAGAAGAGCGUUUGCCAAGGCUGUGCGAGCUGAAUGCCAUCACCCAGGCAUUGCACAUGUGUGACAGCGCUCCCAUCCAGGCAGCCUGGGCAGCAGGUCAGGAGCUGUGUGUGUAUGGCAUGAUAUAUGGUCUGGGCGACGGGGCGCUGACGAGCCUCAUCGGACCCAUCUCCUCUGCCCAGCAGGCGAGGGAGGCGCGUCAAUCGUUUGAGAAGAGCGGAGGGGCAGUGGGUGCAGCCAGCAAUGGGGUGUCUGCAGUGGCCUAA